UCAUCGUACUAUCAUUUAUCGUAAAUCACUAAAUCGCAAUAAGUCAACAUUCAAUAUUUUUUUAAUUUUUCAUUACUGUAACAGUUUAACGUCUUUACUCUUUAGUUAUACUCGAGUAUAUCAGAAAUUGAAAAUUUGAAAAUGAAAGUCAAAGUAUUGAGCCGGAAUCCGGAUAACUAUUUACGAGAAACAAAACGGGAUAUCCAGAAAGUGCCUCGGAAUUAUGAUCCGAAUCUACAUCCUUUUCAAUCAUCACGUGAAUAUGUUCGUGCUCUUAAUGCAGUGAAAUUGGAACGAGUUUUUGCUAAGCCAUUUAUUGGUAACUUGGAUGGACAUCGUGAUGGUAUAUUCUGCAUGGCUAAACAUCCUAAAUCUUUAUCAACAAUAGCCAGUGGUUCUUAUGAUGGUGAAGUGCGGCUUUGGAAUUUAACAAAAAAAAAAUGUAUUAAUAGUAUCAAUGGCCAUGACCGGUUUGUUCGUGGCUUAUGUUUUAACCCCGAUGGCACGAGAUUGUUUAGUGUUGGAGAUGAUUCUACUGUUAAAGUUUGGAAUACAGAAGAAUUUGAAACUCCAUCUCAUACAUUCAUAUCUCAAUCUGUUUUAUAUGGUGUUAGUUGUCAAUGGUUAAAUGAUAAAGUAUUUGCUACUUGCGGUGAUGUAGUGCAGUUAUGGGAUAUUACUCGAAGUCAACCAACAUCAACUCUAAAAUGGGGUGUUGAUAGUUUACAUCAUAUAGCUUUUAAUCAAAUUGAUACAAAUGUUUUAGCAUCAUGUGCAAGUGACCGCAGUAUAAUUCUUUAUGACACCAGAGAAGUGAAACCAAUGCGAAAAGUAAUAAUGAAACUUAAAACCAAUCAGUUAGCAUGGAAUCCAAUGGAAGCAUAUGUGUUUACUGCUGCCAACGAAGAUUAUAAUUGUUAUUCUUAUGAUACACGGAAAUUAGAAUCUCCUAUAAAUGUGCAUAAAGAUCACGUGGCUGCUGUUACAUGUAUAGAUUAUGCACCAACUGGCUUAGAAUUUGUCACUGGAAGCUAUGAUAAAACCAUCAGAAUUUUUGAAAGCCAUCAUGGACAUUCGAGAGAAAUCUAUCAUACUAAACGUAUGCAACAUUUAACUAGUGUAAUUUGGUCAUUAGACAAUAAAUUUGUUUUAAGUGCAUCUGAUGAAAUGAAUAUAAGAAUUUGGAAAGCAAAUGCUUCAGAAAAAUUAGGAACAUUAAGACCACGUGAAAGAACAGCUUUAGAAUAUAACGCUACAUUGAAAGAGAAGUUUGCUGCUCAUCCACAAGUUAAAAGGAUCGCUAGACAUAGACAAGUACCUAAACAUGUCUAUCAUGAACGUAAUCAACAAUUGGAAUCUAAGAAAAAACUCAAAAGAAAGGAAGAAAAUAUCCGCAAACACUCAAAGAAAAAUAGUAUUCCAUACGUCUCUGAAAAAAAGAAGAAUGUUAUUUCAGAAGUUGUUUAAAUGUAUUAUUCUUGUUUAUUUUAAGGUUCUACCAUAUGUAUAUAUUUUUAUUGAAUUACAACUUUAAUAACAAAAUUGUAUAA